CAGAUCGCAUUCAAGGUUCUCCUGGUGCAGAAUCAGGUACCGGACGACCCGCACCACUCUCAAAUUCUGUCUGUUGACAGGUUGAAGAAAAUGGCACCGACAGCCACACUUUUGACCCAGCCCACGAAUUUGAGUUACAACAACAGGACGAAUCAGCUGGACUCUCUAAGCAACUACUCUUUCCUAAAUGGGGGCUUCCCGACGAACUGGAUGCAGCUAGCGCAAGCUGAGCCCUUUCAGCCAAAAUUGCUGUCACCGACGUGGAGUAGCCUCAACACGUUUCUUCCGUCCAUGAAUUAUACUCAGGAUACUAUAAGUGAUCUAGCGGAUCAGUUCGCAGAUAUUGCGUUAGAUAAAAGGUCGCUGAAAAGGCCGCCGGCGACGUAUAUGUGCCAUUUGUGCUUCCAGAAGGGCCACUACAUUAAGGAUUGUCCGAAGGCCCGACCCAAGGGUGAAGGAAAAACUCCAUAUCAAGGCAGGAAGCGGUGUUUCGGGGAAUUCAAAUGCCCUAAAUGUAAACGAAAGUGGAUGAGCGGCAAUUCGUGGGCCAACAUCGGUCAGGACUGUAUUAAGUGCCAAAUCAACGUAUAUCCGCACAAACAACGCCCGCUGGAGAAACCAGACGGGCUAGACGUUUCGGAUCAAUCGAAGGUGCAUCCGCAGCACCUGUGCCAGAAGUGCCGCGAGUUGGGUUAUUAUUGUAGACGGGUGGUGCAAUAGAGCUGCAAACGAUAUAUUUUCCAUUUUUUAUGUUUUCUUUUUGAAAUAUUGUUUAUUUUAUAUUUUUUUAUGAACUCUGGUUUUGUUCCUUUUUGUUUAAAUUUGUACUUAAUUGUUUCGAGGUUCGGAUAGGUAUUAAUUUUAUUUUUGGUCAUGGUGGAGUCGUUUGUAAAAUUUGAAUAUGAGACAUAGCUGGAUAUUAAAUAUAAAUAUACCUCGUUUAUACUGGAAUUUAAUGUUUUAUUGACGGGAACCUAUGUAUAAACUUAUCUGUAUAAAUUCGGUUUACAAUUUUAUGGUCGAGUCGUUAUGUAUAUACCUUGGUGUGUUUUAACAAUACGAUUAAGUGCCUCUUAACCAACCCCAAACGACCACUACGUGUGUGAAGCUGUGUUAAACCAAAUGUACAAUAAAAUAAAAGAUUUCGAGAUA